GGCGGCUCCUGGGAGCGGCUGCCCGGCGGCGCGGACUUCCGGCGGGCGGUGGCGGCGCUGCCGGCGGACAUCCUCGUGUUCUGCGCGCUGCUCACCAGGGCGGGCCUCCGGGACGAGCCGCUGGCGUGGGGGGAGGUGCGCGCCGCGCUGCAGGGCUGCGUGCGGCGGGGGCUGCUGUCCGCAGAGGAGAAGUUCGAGUUCGAGCUGGUCGUCGGGGAGGUGCUGGCGCAGAGGCUCGGCGAGGAGGAGAACGAGCUCCCCGCGAGCGGCCGGGCCGGGGCCGCGCAGGAGCUGCUGCCCCUCGUGGAGCUCGCCCCUACCCAGGCGAUGAUGGCGCUCUCGGACUGCAUCGGGGUCUCCGAGCAGCCGCAUCGGUGGUCCGCGGGGCUGGGCGCGGGGCGGCCGGCGCCCUGGAGGAGCAGCCUGGACCCCGCGGCCCUGCGCGAGAGGCAGGCGCGCGCUGCGCACUAG